GUAUUCUCAAGGAAAGCGGGGUAUUUAGCUUGGGGUUUGGGAUGAAGUAUGUCAAGCAGCUGGUGGAACUUGAUGUGGGAUAUUAUGUAUCAAGAAGAGCUGACUUCUCGAACACUUAUGGAGUGAGAGACGGUUUCAAAUUACAGAUGUCUCUUGGUGGUGUCGGGGGUAGCUCGUGAAGACGGAAUCGAAGUACAUCAAAAAUAUUGUCUGCUCGCAAACACUAGAAGUUAAGACUAUCAAUAUGCAAUCGCUUCUCGUACAUGACUGUGGAAUAUGUCAAGUCAUUCACCACGAUACAAUAUUUAUAACAUCCUUCAAUGUCCUUCAUAUAAGCUUUAUAGCGCUAAUGUUUCAAACAAAUACAAGGGUCAACAGCAGAAACUAGUACGAUGUUGAAAGAAAAUGAAGUGAUUUCAAAGGUCCUCCUUUCCGUUAGUAAAUUCAAGGGUAACUUCGCAGAAUUUCGUCAAGGAAUCUUACUGGGCGACUAUGAUUCCAAAAGCAAGGAGUUUUCUCGAUUGCUACUCUGGAAAACCUGUUUAAUCACCAAGACACUUAAUACACGAGAAUGGAAAGACAAGCUCAAGACAUGCAGAGUAAUUUAUCAUGAACUUCGCAAAUCAUCAAAUAUCAUUGUUCCGUGGUGGCGUCUUGACGAAGAUAACGAAUUUUUCAUGGUGAAGCCUUCGAGCAAAAUACACAAUCUACAAACUGAGCCACAAAAAUCAUUGCGCUUUCGAAAUGUCACAGAUGAUCCUUUGACGAACACCAAAGUAAAGAUAUCACGGAAAGAAACUAGCGAAACCAAUCAGGAUGACGCGGAACUUUUAAAAACAAUAAUUCUUGAUGUACAGAGGCUUUUUCCGGGGGACCCGGUCUUUCAUUCUCACAACGAUGCAUCCUUGCGCCACAAAAGACAAGUGGUAUCAAUAUUGUUUAUUUGGUCGAAGUGUAAUCCCCAGGCUGGUUACAAGCAAGGGCUUCAUGAAGUACUCGGUCUCAUCUAUAAGAAUAUCUUGAAAGAGUCACUAGCACUCCCAAAUACAAACACGCUUUCAGUAGACGAUUUGAAUGUACUCUCUCUUUUCGACUUACAUUACUUGGAACAUGAUUCAUUCUUCUUGUUCAACAAGUUUGUUGUUGGUACUGGGAUUGUCAGUCAGUUUUAUGAGUCAGAAGCUGUGUUAAUGAUAUCGAUUGAGCGCUUUAAUAGUUUUCUCAUGAAAGUUGACCAACUCAUACACUACAAUCUUAUCACCAAACUCAAGCUCGAUACACAGCUUUGGAUAAUCCGGUUUUUUCGUUUGAUUCUUCUUAGAGAACUCGGAAAUGACCUUGAAAUAUCAUCGUCUUUCUGGGAUAAACUUGCCGCUGUGGGGGCGUCAAGUUUAACACAAUGUGUUCCCCAGUUGAUAAGCUUUUCAAUAAUCGUCUUUUUGAUACAUUUGAAAGCUGAGUUGGCAUUGUGCGAUUUCGCAGAAGCUUUGUCAUUGCUUCUUCAUUACCCGAUUUCAACGCGCUUGAACCUAUUCCCCAACUUUAUUAACGAUUUAUUUGAAGAUGCGUUAAAGCUUUUUCAGAUGAGAGAAAAUGAUCUAAAGUUGUACGAACUUGGUCUAAAACUCAAUAAGAAGUAUGCAGGAGUUUUGAAAGUCAAUGCAAACUUAUCCACAGUCGUCAUUCCAAGCACUCUUAAUGAGGAAAUUUCAUCCGGAACCCUGACAGAACGGCCCCUGGCUGAGACCUUGAAAAAGUCAAAUAUGGCAUUUGAAAAAUCAAGACUAGAAUUGAGAUUGAAAAGAAAAGCUCAGUUAAUAUUGAAUAACACUGAUUGAUUGAGGGUAUCCGCACAAAAAGUAAGAUAUCACUGUGGAUAUUUAAUACAAAAGUUGCGUAGAAGAUGAGAUAUUAUGCACCACUUUAUCUAUCGCCUAAAUUCCGAUACGAACAUUUGUAAUUCUUAUCUCCGAAAUACAUUGUAUUUCACUGUAGAUUACCACUUAUAUU